CUUGGCCCCUUCCAUUCCGCUUCCCAUUCAAUGCUUCAAGAUCGUCUCAACUCACGAAGAUUCAACGAAACCCUCUCUCUCUCUCUCUCUCUCUCUCUCUCUCUCUCUCUCUCUCUAACCCUUUCCCCGGUGAUGGAUUCAACCGGCAAGAACGCCGGAGCAGUGACCCCGCUGAAAAACCCACAAGCCAAUCGAUCAAAAACAUCAGAGAAAAUCCCAAAAGAUUCUGAGAAUACCAACCCUAAUAUCACAAGCCCUAGUUCAAGAUUAUCGAAAUCACCCGCGAUUAAAUCUGCUAAGAAGACGCAGAAGUCAGCCGCCAAAAACCCUAACCACCCCUCCCCGCGGAACAAGAUCCGCGAAAGGAAGUUCGUGGUGGCGAAAAGGAAUUCCAAGAAAGAGAAAGAGAAUUCUUCGACGGUCCUAUGUAAGUGUAAAGACAAGGGUUUUGGUACUUCGCACAAGUGUCUAUGUGUUGCUUAUGACAGCCUAAGGGCUUCUCAAGAAGAGUUUUUCAAGAAUCGUGGCAGUGCUAUAGCUGACUAUGGUGUUGAGGAAAAUAACUCGGUGAGUCAAACCCUUGAAGUUCCAAAUCGGUAUGGAGAAGUAGAGGAGGAGAUGAACUCAGUGAGUCAAACCCUUGAAAUUCCAAAUCGGUAUGGAGAAAUAGAGGAAGAGAUGAACUCGGUGAGUCAAACCCUUGAAAUUGCAAAUGGGUAUGAAGGGAAAUCAGAGGAAUUUGAUGAUUUGGGGAUGAAUGGAUUAAAUGAGAGUGACCCGAAUGAGGAUACACAACCGGGCGAAAUGGGUAGUUCUAAAAUGAAGAGGACGAGGGACAAGUUGUUGGAAGAAGCAAGGCAGAGUGUGCCUGAAGCUGGGUUUGGGAAAGUGAUGCAUUUGGUCAAGGCAUUUGAGAAGCUUCUUACCAUACCAAAGGAGCCUGAUCAGAGUGAUGAGAGGGAAUCAGAGGAUGAUGAUAAGAAGAAGGUAUUGAAGUGGGCAUUACCAGGGCUGCAACCGAGGGCGCCUGAGACACGGAGCUCUUCAUCUUCGUUCUGUCCAUCAGACUUUUUUGUGACAUCGGAGAGUUUAGGUUUGGAUGCACGUGUUUCGUCUUCUUUAGAUAGUAACCAUGGAAGCUUCACUAUUUCAAGCAGGACCUCUGGUGGUGGUCGUAGAAGCCGACGAAAAAGCUCUGAAUCAUCUGGGAACUUUGGCGGAAGUCGUUGGAAGAAGAGGCAGCUCAAAGCAACUUCCCAAAUGCCCUUCAAGCUUCGAACAGAGCAAAGAGGAAGGUCAAAGGAGGAAGAAUUCGUCAAGAAAAUACAACAAAUGAUGAUGGAGGAGGAGAAGCAACGUAUACCAAUUGCACAAGGUCUCCCAUGGACAACAGACGAGCCAGAGUGUUUGGUAAAACCUCCCGUCAAAGAAAUUACAAGGCCAAUUGAUUUGGUGCUGCAUAGCGAUGUCAGGGCUGUGGAGCGUGCUGAGUUUGAUCAACAGAUUACGGAGAAGAUGAGCCUUAUUGAGCAGUUCCAGGAGGAAAGGGAAAGACAGCAGAAGUUAGCAGAAGAAGAGGAAAUCAAGAGACUAAGAAAGGAGCUCGUUCCAAGAGCUCAACCCAUGCCCUAUUUUGACAGGCCUUUCAUUCCUAGAAGAUCAGAGAAGCAUCCGACCAUACCCAGAGAUCCAAGGUUCCAUAUACCACAGCAUAAGAAGAUCAAGUGUUGCCUGUCUUCUUGGAAUGAUAUGUAUGAUGAACUCCAACAUUGAGAUCUUCUGAGGGAAGAAGAGAUGAAAGUUCUUCUAAAUAGGAAUUCUUUCUGUCGAAAGCAUACUAAUGCUGAACCUUUUUUGCUCUCUCUCUCUCUCUCUCUCUCUCUCUCUCUCUCUCUCUCUCUCUCUCUCUCUCUCUCUCUCGUGUAUAUGAAGCAAUCUAUUUCGUUGCAAUUUUGGUGGAACCAGUUAUGGUAAUGUUGCAGGCACAUUUUGUGUGCUUUUUCUCAAUGAGUAUCUUGUGUUCAUCAGUCCUCUCAUGUUACUUGUAUUCAUUUUUUCAAUUAAGAUCUUAGGUGUGGAAUUGAUUCAAAUGGAAACAUA